AUGGUGGAGGGAGAUACGCCAUUGUCUUCUGGUCCAGGGGGAAGCGACAAAGGAAUGUCUUUCUCGUUUCAAGUGUGGGAUGUCAUAGAUCCGAGAGCGAAUGAUCCAAAGAAGGAUAAUGUUGAUAUUGAGAUUGAUCCAAAGAAGAAAAAUGUCGCUAUUGCUGUGAUCUUCCAGGCAAUACCUGAAGAUCUUAUUUUACAAGUUGGAAUGAUGGAUACGGCAAAAGAAAUUUGGUACGCCAUAAAAACCCGUAACCUGGGUGCAGACAGGGUGAGGGAGGCUAGAUUGCAAACCCUAAUUACCGAGUUUGACAAUCUUAAGAUGAAGGAGUCGGCUACAAUUGAUGAAUAUGCAAGCCAACUGUCAGGUAUAGUGUCUAAAUCAUCUUCUCUUGGGGAAACGGUUAAUGACAAGAAGAUGGUUAAAAAUUUUCUAACAAGCUUACCAAGAAGAUUCAUCCACAUAGUUGCUUCUAUAGAGCAAAUCUUAGACCUUCGGUCAGUUGGGUUUGAAGAUGUCGUUGGAAGGUUGAAGGCAUACGAAGAGAGGACCUGUGAUGACUCUGAUCAAGGAAAACUCCUACUCAACAAUGAGUCCGGUCGCGGGAAGAGUAAAAGCGGUGGACGGAGUCGUGGAAGUAGGAAUAAUAACGGGAAAACUCACCAACAAAACCUGUCAUUGAAUUCAGAUGGUGGUGAAAUUGAAAAAGUAAAAGUUGAGAAGGAAACGGGUAAUUCAGUAAAAACGCUAAGAACAGAUCGUGGUGGUGAAUUUACGUCUCAAGAUUUUAAUAGUCUAUGUGAUAGCCAUGGUAUGAUGAGGCACCUUACAACACCAUAUACACUGCAGCAGAAUGGGGUAGUUGAGAGAAGAAAUCGCACCCUUAUUGAGAUGACACGAAGUUUGAUGAAGGAAACACAGGAAACGAUCGUAGACACUGGAGUAGGGCCUGUUAUGGGUAAUUUAAACCCAAAUGAGAAUCGACAUGAAGAGGAUGCUAAUCAUGGAGAUCCUGAUAACAUUGUUCACGAGCCAUAA